AUGGCUCCCCCAGAUGCAUCAGCAACUUCGUCAAAGAAGACAAUCCCAUCUUCUAAAACCCCCAAACCAUCACAAACAAAAAAGAAUAAGAAGGAAUCACAGCCUGCAUCAACUUCAGCGCCACGGCAACCAGAUGAGAUAGAAGAAGCCGACACAACAGUACCAGCAAAGACAUUCACACCAAAACGAAAACAAAAAAGAGUCGAAUCGCCAGAAGAUAACGAUACCGACGAUGCCGAGAGCGUGUAUCUAUCAUCAGACGAAGAGACUUCGUCAGAGGAAGACUCCUCGGACUACGACUCAGACUCAGAUGGAAGCGUAGAAGACCUGCCUCCUCGACAACUAGCAAGAAGGUCGACAGACCGAGGCGUCAAAAGCACGCCAGGUUCUCCAUUCACAAUCACACAGACUAGAAGCGAGACUACGCGUUGGGUAACAACCCAGAAUAACGGUGGCAUGACGCGCGGUGCAAGACGUUAUAGCGAGCAGACGACGAUGCACGGCCACAACACAAAUGAGCCACAGCGAGCACCCAUGAACAGGAACAGUGUCAGCUUCAACAUGAGUAUUAACGUCGACAUGUCAUUCAACGGCCUCGUAACAGGCCGAAAUCUGGGCUUCUCGGGGGGAUCACUAUCGUAUGCAUGGAAUCGACGCAGCACACAAGGGGGUUGA